CCCUUCUCUCUCUCCCUCUCGUAACCGGAAGCUUCUCUGGUUCCAGACGCAACCCCCGGGGUCAGGAGAAAGAGAGAGAAAGCCAGGAGCGGGGAGGGAGCGGGCGAGCUGCGGGAGAUCGAAACCCUAGCUAGGGUUUGAGGCGCCGGGCGGCGGCGGUGAGAUGUCGACGCCGGCGAGGAAGCGGCUGAUGCGGGACUUCAAGCGCCUGCAGCAGGACCCGCCCGCCGGGAUCAGCGGCGCGCCGCACGACAACAACAUCAUGUUAUGGAACGCCGUCAUAUUCGGGCCGGAUGAUACGCCGUGGGACGGAGGCACGUUCAAGCUUACUUUGCAGUUUACUGAAGAUUAUCCGAACAAGCCACCAACUGUUCGAUUUGUCUCUAGGAUGUUUCACCCAAAUAUAUAUGCAGAUGGAAGCAUCUGCUUGGAUAUCCUACAGAACCAGUGGAGUCCUAUAUAUGACGUUGCUGCCAUAUUGACUUCUAUUCAGUCCCUGCUGUGCGAUCCGAACCCAAACUCUCCAGCAAACUCAGAAGCCGCCAGACUGUUCAGCGAGAACAAGCGGGAGUACAACCGCAAGGUCCGCGAGAUUGUGGAGCAGAGCUGGACAGCCGACUAGUGCAGCGUGCCCGGGCUGCGCCUGGAAGGGUGCAAUAAGCAAGAAAAAACAACCCUUGUGUUUCUGGCCUUGCCAGAGUUGUCGAAACAUUGAAGAACUCCCGUGAUUGCUUGUAGUCCGUCGUCGUUCGUCGUGGUUUUUGUGUCCCGAUCCAGAGCCCCCGGUCGCUCGUGGUGGUGGCUGUUUCAAUGUAGCGGUGUUGUUGACCUAUCUUGCUCAUGAAUUAAAAGGAUCCUGGUUAUGUACAGAGUUAAAGCGUGGGAAUGGUUGGUUGGUUGGUUUGCCGGACUGCUGAAACAUCGUUUCCCUUGCUG